AUGCAGACACGAUCGGCAACAAGCGGACUCAAUAAUGCCACAGCCACCGGCAAUGUUGUGGCGCCCAUCCGACCGACACUCAAGAGGGAACCUCCCACAGCCGCCGGCGUGUUGAUUGAAGGGGGUGUCCAGAAGUCAAAGCGCAAACGCAAUGCGAAGCAAGCCGGGCCGCCUGUCAAAGGGGGUUGGGAGCUACCUCAUGGCAUGGGGGUCGGGAUAACUGGAACAAGCAACGCACAGGCUCAACAACUUGAACCUGCAUCUGUCUUGCCGCCAGACACCAAUACGUCAAAUACUCAGAUCCUACAUCAAGGUCAAGCUGCCGGUGCCCCACAACCUGUGAUUCAGUCACAGCACAACACUCCCGGACAAACCAGGCAGACUCGCCUGUCCCUUCGAAUCACCAAAGUAACUACCAAUUCCGAAACCAGCGCUAAGAAAGCAAACCCGUUGGUGAUCAAAGCAGAAGAACGUACCGACACCUUGGUCAACCUGGAUGAUCAUCGCCUGGCCAAACGCGUGCGAUUGUCUCGGGCGGCCAAACAACUAGCAACCAGUGCUCUGAGUCCACCCAACGAGAAGUUGGGUAUCACUAGUGUUGGUGUUGAAACUAGGGAUGUUCUCAAUAAAGAUACUCUGAAACUUGUGCUCAUCAAGGGUGUUGCGAUCAAGGACAACGCGGUUGUCAAAGUUGCGGGGAAUAUCGUUGUUGAUGCUAGUAAUCUCCUUGACCCUAACUAUCGGCAGAUGGUGAAGAGGGGAAAGGAAAACCCGUACGGACUGACGCCUGGGUUCACCCCAUACCCGUACCGACGGGUCCCUACGGCUGCGGCCUGCGAGGAAGUCCAUAAGAUUUUGACAGAUCUGCACGGGGAGGUGAAGCAGCCCGAAAAGAUGCCCGCAGCGUCUCUCACGGUCGCAGGCUGCGGUGAGGUCCCUUGCGUACUUGAUGCCCUGCUGAGGACCUUGAUCAGUGGGAACACCCAGAUGGCUCGUGCAAAUGCGGCCAUAAGGAGCUUGGUUGAACACUACGGGCUCCGAAAGGAAGGAACUGGCGCUGGAAGCAUCGCAUGGGAUAAGGUCCGCUCGUCUUCACACGAGGAGCUUGCACAGGUCAUCCGGGUCGCCGGUACCGGCCCCAAGAGAAGCCGCCAUAUCAAGCAAAUUCUCGACAUGGUUCAUGACGAAGGUGUAGAGAGAAGCAGAACGCCGCCCCCAGGUAUCGCCGCGGACCCGAGCAAGGAGGCGGAAGCUACCGGGACGACCGCUCAGAACUUCCUCUCUCUGGACCACAUGCACAGCAUGAGCAAAGAUGAGGCCCUCGCAAAGUUUGUAACCUACCCUGGUAUCGGCAUAAAGACGGCCGCUUGCGUCACUCUAUUCUGCUUGCAGAUGCCUAGCUUUGCCGUGGAUACACACGUCCACAAAUUCUGCCAGUGGCUCGGGUGGGUUCCUAAGAAAACGGAUCCCGACAACUGUUUCCGGCACGGCGAUUUCAUGGUCCCGGAUCAUCUGAAGUAUGGGCUUCACCAACUGUUCAUCCGUCACGGCCAGACAUGCUUCAAAUGCAGGAAAAUUACCAAGCCAGGAACCAAGGAUUGGAACGAGGCGCCCGACUGCCCGUUGGAGCAUCUGCUUGACCGGAGCAAAGACGACGCCGGUUCGACACGGAAACGGGAGGUAAAGACCAAGAAGACUAGGGCCGAAGCGGUUGGCUCUGAGAGUGGUGAGACUACUGACGAGGAGGAGGAGAUACAGGAUGAAGAGGAAGAAGUGUGA